CACCGGGUGACGCCGUGACGGGCAUGGCGGGCGCCUCGGUGAAGGUGGCGGUCAGAGUCCGGCCCUUCAGCGCCCGCGAGAGCAGCCGCCAGGCCAAGUGCGUCAUCCAGAUGCGAGGAAACACCACGUGCAUCACCAACCCCAAGCUCCCUAAAGACGGCACCAAACACUUCACCUUCGACUACUCCUACUGGUCCCACACCUCGGAGGAGGACCCCAACUUCGCCUCACAGCGCCGGGUGUACCAAGACAUCGGGGAGGAGAUGCUGGCACACGCCUUCGAGGGCUACAACGUUUGCAUCCUGGCCUACGGCCAGACCGGCGCCGGCAAGUCCUACACCAUGAUGGGGCGGCAGGAACCUGGGCAGCGCGGCAUCAUCCCGCAGCUCUGCGAGGAUCUGUUCACCCGCGUCGCACGGGAGGGGUCCCCCGAGCUCUCCUUCUCCGUGGAGGUGAGCUACCUGGAGAUCUACUGUGAGCGUGUGCGGGACCUGCUGAACCCCAAGAGCCGGGGGGGGCUGCGGGUGCGGGAGCACCCCCUGCUCGGGCCCUACGUGCAGGACCUGUCCCGCCUCGCCGUCGCCUCCUUCGCCGACAUCGCCGACCUCAUGGACAGCGGCAACAAGGCCAGGACAGUGGCGGCCACGAACAUGAACGAGACGAGCAGCCGCUCGCACGCCGUGUUCACCAUCGUGUUCAGCCAGCGCCGCCGAGACCCGCUCAGCGACCUCACCACGGAGAAGGUGAGCCGCAUCAGCCUGGUGGACCUGGCGGGCAGCGAACGCGCCGAUGCCUCGGGGGCCAAGGGCAUCCGCCUCAAGGAAGGUGCCAACAUCAACAAGUCUCUGACCACUCUGGGCAAGGUCAUCUCCGCCCUGGCCGAGGCCACCAGCAAGAAGAAGAAGCCAGAUUUCAUCCCGUACCGGGACUCGGUGCUGACGUGGCUGCUGAAGGAGAACCUGGGUGGGUUUGGGGUUUGGGGGCAGAGGGGAUUUAGGGGACAGUGUAGAAGGACUUGGGGGCAGAGCUGUGGUGCGGGGGGGGCAUUUGGGGUUUGGGGGGGUGGUGCAGGAGGUAACAGCCAGCCCUGCCGACCCCCAGGUCUGCCUGACACCGCCCCCCCAGCCCCCCCCACCGGGACUGACCCCACCCUCAACGGGGGGCCGGAGCCGGAGCCCCCCCUGGGCGCCGCCGAGGCCAUGGAGCGGCUGCAGGAGACGGAGAAGAUCAUCGCGGAGCUGAACGAGACGUGGGAGGAGAAGCUGCGGCGGACGGAGGCCCUGAGGCUGGAGCGGGAAGCACUGCUGGCUGAGAUGGGGGUGGCUCUGCGGGAGGACGGCGGCACCGUUGGCGUCUUCUCCCCUAAAAAGACCCCCCACUUGGUGAACCUCAACGAGGACCCGCUGAUGUCCGAGUGCCUCCUCUACCACAUCAAGGAUGGUGUGACCAGGGUGGGCCAGGUGGACGUGGACAUCAAGCUGUCGGGGCCGUUCAUCCGGGAGCAGCACUGCCUGUUCCGCAGCUGCCCCGACCCCUCGGGGGAAGUUGUGGUGACGCUGGAGCCGUGUGAGGGGGCUGAGACCUACGUCAACGGGAAGCAGGUGACGGAGCCGGUGGUGCUCAAGUCGGGCUACCGCCUCAUUUUGGGGAAGAACCACGUGUUCCGCUUCACGCACCCGGAGCAGGCGCGGCGGGAGCGGGAACGGGGGGCUCCCCCCGGGCCCCCCCUGGACUGGAACCUGGCGCAGCGGGAGCUGCUGGAGCAGCAGGGCAUCGACAUGCGCCUCCAGAGGCUCCAGGAGCUGGAGAACCAACCCCAGGCAGAGAAGGAGACAGUGGAGCAGCCACAGCCCCCCACGACGGACCCCCGGUGCUACGAGGCCGGCUGGCGCCUGAUCUCGUCCCUGCGCGCGGCGCUGCCGGCGCCCGCCGUGCGCUCGGUGCUGCGCCGGGCCGGGCUCCCGCUGACGGCGCCGGGCAAGCGCCGGGAGCCACUUCGCGUGUACCAGAUCCCGCAGCGGCGCCGCGGGGGCUCCUCGGCCCCGACCCCAACCCCGGCCUCGCCCUCGUCCUCAUCGUCGCCUCAGCCCUCGUGGGUGACCAUGGCCGACCUGAAGGCGCAGGCGGUGCGGGAGCUGAGCCUCGAGGUGGCCCUGCGGGAGCCGCGGCCGGCGCGGCGCGAGCUGGAGGCGCUGAGCCUGGCGCGCCUGCGCGAGCUGUGCCGGCGCCACGGCAAGCGCGAGCCCACCGAGCGCGACGGCUGGCGCGCCGUGGCCAGGGACGUGUGGGACGCCGUGGGCGGCGGCGGCGGCGAGGACGAGGAGGGCGGCGGCGGCACCUGCGAGCAGGUGAGCGAGGUGGAGGGGCUGCGGCUGCACCUGGACAGGCUGGCGGGGAUCCUGCGCGAGGUGAAGCGGCAGAACAGCGCCAAGGACGAGCAGAUCCGCGCCCUGCGCGACCGCGUGGGGCAGAUGGAGCGAGUCAUCCCGCUGCCGCUGGAUGAUGAUGCCGAGGCCGAGCCCCCCGCCCACGAGCCCCCCCAGGACGCCCACCCGGACCCCCCCCAGCCCAGCACAGACCGGGGGUCGCCCCCCCCCUCGCCCCCGUCGGCGGCGGCGGCGCGGCUGUGCCGGCUCAUGGAGCAGGACCCGGCGUUCCGGCGGGGGCGGCUGCGCUGGCUGCGCCAGGAGCAGGCCCGGCUCAUGGCCGGGGGGGGCCCGCAGCCCCCCGCCAGCCCCCGCCGCCCCCCCCGCUUCAACGCGGCCCCCCAGGACUCCAAACUGCGCUUCCCCUUCAAGAGCAACCCCCAGCACCGCGUGGCCUGGGGGGGAGGCGGAGGGGGGGCCGCCACCCCCCCAUCCGAGCACAGCCCCCCCCCGCCCCCCUCGGGGCGCCCCCGCCGGGGGUCCCUGGACGGGGGGGCCCCACCGCCCCCCGUGGGGACCCCCCCUCGUGUCCGCCGCCAGCGCUCGGCCCCCGACCUGAAGGCGCGGGGCCCCCCUGCUUAG